GGGGGACGGCGACGACUGGGUGUUGGUGACCAGGCCGGUGCCAUGAUCCACGAACUGCUUCUGGCCCUUAGUGGAUACCCAGGCAGCAUCUUCAGCUGGAAUAAACGCAGCGGCCUGCAGGUGAAGGCGGAUCUCCGAGCACCAUGGCAACCGGAGGCGGGAAGGGAGGCAAAAGAGAGUAUGCAAGAUAGGGACACAAAAUGCUGGAGGAACUCAGCAGGCCAGGCAGCAUCUUCAGCUGGAAUAAACGCAGCGGCCUGCAGGUAUCUCAGGAUCUGCCUUUUCUUCAUCCAAGUGAGACCAGUGUCUUAAAUCGAUUGUGCAAGUUAGGCACUGACUACAUUCGCUUUACUGAGUUUGUGGAGCAGUAUACCGGACAUGUGCAGCAGGAGUGCCACCCUUCCCAGCAGGGCCAGACAGGACUACACGGGAUUUACCUUCGUGCCUUUUGUACAGGACUAGACUCGGUGCUGCAGCCCUACAGGCAGGCACUCCUUGACCUGGAGCAGGAGUUCUUGGCAGACCCGCACCUCUCUGUCUCUCACGUCAACUACUCCUUGGAUCAGUUUCAGCUGCUGUUCCCGUCUGUUAUGGUGGUGGUUGAACAAAUCAAGUCUCAAAAGAUCCAUGGUUGCCAACUCCUGGAGACUGUCCAUAAACACAGCUGUGGAGGACUUCCACCAGUUCGCAGUGCACUGGAGAAGAUCCUGGCAGUAUGUCACGGUGUGAUGUACAAGCAGCUGUCUGCGUGGAUGCUACAUGGGCUGUUACUAGACAAGUAUGAGGAGUUCUUUAUUAAGCAAGGGCCUUCCUCUGGCAAUGUGGGCACUCAGCCUGAGGAGGAAGAAGAAGAGGAUCUGGGAAUCCGAGGAUUGACUGGGAAGCAGCUCAAGGAACUUCAGGAUCUGCGAUUAAUUGAAGAGGAGAACAUGUUGGCCAUGUCUGUGAAGCAGUUUUCAUUACGAGCUGAGUUGCUGCCCUCAUACAUUCCAGUGAGAGUGGCAGAGAAGAUUCUGUUUGUGGGUGAAUCUGUGCAGAUGUUCGAGAAUCAAAAUGUGAAUCACACUCGUGCAGGGUCCAUUUUAAAGAACCAGGAAGAUGCCUUUGCUGCAGAACUGCACAUGCUCAAACAACAGCCCCUUUUCAAUCUUGUGGAUUUUGAAAACCUAAUUGAUAGGAUCAGAAGUACAGUGGCUGAGCAUCUAUGGAAGUUGGUGGUGGAAGAGGCAGGACUUCUGGGACAACUUAAGAUAAUCAAAGAUUUCUACCUACUGGGUCGAGGCGAACUGUUUCAGGCUUUCAUUGACAGUGCACAGCAUUUAUUAAAGACUCCACCAACGGCAGUCACUGAGCACGAUGUCAAUGUAACGUUCCAGAAAUCAGCACACAGGGUAUUAUUGGAUGAUGACAAUCUUCUCCCACUCCUGCACCUGACUGUGGAAUAUCAUGGGAAAGACCCCAAAGAUAUAACACAGAGCCGUGAUGCAUCAUCUUCCCCUCGUGAAGCCCCUACUUCUGGCUGGUCUGCCCUGGGACUGUCGUAUAAAGUGCAAUGGCCUCUGCACAUCCUGUUUACCCCCGCUGUGCUGGAAAAGUAUAACAUUGUAUUCAAGUACUUGCUGAGUGUACGGAGAGUGCAGGCAGAACUGCAACACUGCUGGGCAGUGCAAAUGCAGCGGAAGCACCUCAAGUCCAACAAGACGGAUGCAGUCAAGUGGAGACUGAGGAACCACAUGGCUUUCCUUGUGGACAACCUACAAUACUACCUACAGGUGGAUGUCCUCGAGUCUCAGUUUUCACAACUCCUGCAGCAAAUAAAUUCUAUACGAGAUUUUGAAAGCAUCCGACUGGCUCAUGAUCACUUCCUGAGUAACCUACUGGCCCAGUCGUUCAUCCUGCUCAAACCAGUGUUCCAUUGUCUGAAUGAGAUCCUGGAAUUGUGCCAUAACUUCUGCUCUCUGGUUAGUCAGAAUCCAGGACCGCUGGAUGACAGGGGUGCGCCACAACUAGACCUCUUGGUAACGGGUUUCAGUCGGCAGUCGUCCCUCCUCUUCAAGAUCCUGUCAAGCGUUCGCAAUCAUCAGAUCAACUCUGACCUGGCCCAGCUGCUCCUACGACUGGACUACAACAAGUACUACACACAUUCUGGAGGCACGUUAGGAAGUUUUAGCAUCUGACCUGUCUUGGGUCCACUGGUUGCUCACCUUCACUGGACUCUGGUGUUGUUGACCCAUCUGCAGUUCAAGGUUGCAUGUGUGAUCCCGCCAGCUAUAUCCGUACCUCCUGCAUCCAUCCUUGGGAAAGCAACUGUAUGAAGCCUUCGCAGAGAGCUUGGGAUCGCACUGCAGUCUGGGCUUAUUUUCAGUCUACCAGGGAAGAGUUUCAUGAAUGAUUUGUUGACCUGUCACCUGAUUCCACCCUCCUUGACACAUUAAAUUAAUUCAGGGUAAGAGUUAUGGUUCCCUGAAGUUCUACAAACUCCCGGCACAGUCUGAACACUCUCUGUUCCCUGCCCUGGCUCCUACUAUCAUCUGACCGCCAAACCUCAAAGGAGGGGCACUGACUGGUGGGAUAUGAAAGGUUCAGGGUGAUUAGAACAAUGACAAAGAUCAAUUCAUACCAGAGUGAUGGACUCCUUUAAGACCUGCUAUAGGCAGAGGUUCCAAGAAAAAAUUGCUUUUUAAAGUUCAGGUGCUUUUCCCAAAACUAGUCCAAAAGCCACAAUUAACUGGGGAUGUCCUUCCCUGCCUUAGGUCUAGGUUUAGCAAUGUCAGUACCUUGUGGUGCUUCAAGUAGUCUCAAGUUUAAGUUCAAUUCUCUUUCAACAGUGCACAUGUUUAUAGCUAAAUGAAACAUUGAUCCUCUAGAUUCCAAUCAGUAUUAAAUCCUCUGUGCGUACUAAAAGAAUGAAACUGUUUUUCAUUCUUUUACCCCUCAUCCCAAUAUUAUUAGUGGAACUCAAUAAAAUGAAACCCAUGCUGCUCUGUGUAUGUCUUUGUUAAACAGGUCAGUACACAAACAGUCUGUUUUUAUCACUGGUACAGACUAAUCUCAUUUCAAUUACUGUAAGGGAAGAGCCUUGUAUAGUUCAGGACCUCCAUCUCCCUUCUCCAUCUGUCUCUCUCUUUCCCCUCCCUCAUUUCCUCUGCCAAGCUCUGAACACUUCCACAGAAGAAAGAGUUACAGGCAGAAAUCCUGUUUUGUUGUAUUUUCUGGAAGCUCAUCUUAUGAAUCAACAAACUUCAAAGUAAAUUUAAUUUUAUUAUCAAAAUGCAUAUUUGUCAUCAUAUCCAAACCCUAGAAUUCAUUUGCUUGUGGGCACGUUCAGGAAAUCUAUAGAAUAGUUACGGUUAUAGUUACCGGAUCAAUUAAAGAUCAGCCGGACUGCAGAAGACAACAAUCUGUGCAAAUGCAAAGAUAAAUAAAUAGCAAUAAAUAACAAGAACAUGAGAUAAAAAGUCCUUAAAGUGAGAUCUUUGGUUGUAGGAACAUUUCAAUGAUAGGGCAAGUGAGUGUAGUUAUCCCCUUUCAUUCAAAAGCCUAAUGUUUGAGGGGCAGUAACUGUUCUUGAACCUGGUGGUGUGAGUCCUGAGGCUCUUGUGCCUUCUACCUGCUGGCAGUGGCAAGAAGAGAACAUGAACUGGGUGAUGGAGAUCUCUGAUGAUGGAUUCUACCUUACGACAGUAUUUCAUGUAAAUGUGUUCAAUGUUUGGGAAGGUUGUACUAAGCCAAUUCCAUCACCUUUUGUAAAGUUUAUCCAUUCAAAGGCAUUAUGCUC